GUAGUAGUAGUGAACGCAGCGCAAGCUGGUCUUCGAAACAACACCGAAUCUACUGAAAUAUCAAGGAUCGCCUGCAGUGAACCAUAUGAGCAAGCCAGGAAGUGCUCCACCAGAGAUUGUGAGCUCAGUAGUAAACACAGAGAGCAUCCAACAGCAGAGUACGCACCAGAUGUCCUCGGAUAUCGAUCUGAUAUCAGUCUUAGGGGAAACGACCAAAUUUCAACGUCGAUUACUGGCUCACUGUAUGCUCGCGAUGAUGCUGUUCUCCAUGAACGACCAGUGGCCCCUUGUGGUAGCCCCUGAACAGGACCACUGGUGCUCUCCUCCAGAACACAUGAACAUCUCAACAGAAGCUUGGAAGAACAGGAGCAUCCCUAUCGAGGAGGACGGAACGUACAGCAAGUGCGAAAUGUACCAAGAAUACAACUCAACUCGCCCUAAUCGUUCAACUAUUCGUUGCACAAAGUGGCAGUAUAAUGAAACACGCAACACUGGGACAGUCAUACAAGAGUGGGACAUCGUUUGUGAUUUGGAAUGGAUGCAUUCAUCGGCUUUGGCGAUUUACAUGGGAAGUGCUCUAUUCGGAUUGGUUGCAUCGGGAAUCCUUUCAGACAGCAUAGGAAGAAAACCGGUAGUGUGCUUUUGUUCCGCUGCAAGCGUCAUCUUUAGUGUCGGCGUCGUGAACAGCAUGUCGCUUGCUCUGUAUGUUUGCUUUCGUUGCGGCGUCACCAUCACCCUGGGUGCAGUAGCUCUGCCCUCCUACAUAUUAGUCAUGGAGUUAAUACCUCCGUCUAGCCGAGGUCUCUACGGCGCCCUUACCUUCGCAGGCUUCGAGGUCGGCGUCAUCAUGGCGAGAAUUUCUAGGGACAUGUAUUACGACUGGAGGACGUUGCAGAUGAUAUUCCUCCUUUUAAUAUGUUUCCUCCUCGGAAGCUUCGUGUUGGUCGAAGAGUCUCCCAGGUGGCUCAUCUCGAAGUGGGAGCUGAAGAGGGCUGAAGAAGCUGUUUUAGCCAUAGCCAAGGUGAAUGGAAGGAGCGUCGAGGAUGCUCGUGAGUCAUGGCGUAGUUACAAGACCUUACUGAAACAAGGAGAAGGAAUAAUAUGUGGCAUGCUCGACGUAUCUUAUACAAGGAUCCUCCUUCAACAGAAGCUCCUCCACGCGAACAUCAUCCUCAGCUAUGCGUGGUUCGCCACCUCCUUCACGUUCUACGGAAUGACGCUGCUGGCAACAGCGGAGAGAGACUUUCAUUGGGCUGUCAUUCUGUGUAUCCUCAUUCCUCGACAAUGCAUUACCUAUUUAUGCAUUGAUCAGUUUGGACGAAGACCCACCCUGUCUUGCUCGGUGCUCAUGACAUCAGGUGCCUGUGUGGCUGCAAGCUUCAUGACGUCUGGUGCGGAGACGCUACAAUAUUUGAAGAUGGGGUUGAGAGUACUGGCUCUUUUUUCUAUCGGGGUUUCCCUGACUGUAGUCCUCCUGUACAUGGUGGAAAUGAACCCGACAUCUGUGAGAACCAUCUCUGUCUGCAUGUGCUGCGUCUUCUGCAGAGUGGGAGGAAUAUUGUCAAUUCUUGCUGAGAAAUUGGACAUUGUGUCUGGAGAGGGAACUCAAACGGCCCUAUAUGCGGUGGCCUGCUUAGUCGCUGGCUUUCUCGUAACCGGGCUUCCCGAGACAAGAAUGGUCAUUCUACCAGAGGUGGUCAAGAGGGAGGAUAUCUUUCGAAUAGAACCUCUUCGGGUUGGAAAGCCUUACAGAAGAAGACUGGAAGAAUCUACGAGGUCCGUGUCUCCUGUAGAGAGCUACCUUCAGGAGAGAUCACUUGAAUGUCCUAUGUCUUCGGAACGAACUACGAGAAUGAGUUACCUGAAGGAUAUAAGUAGCGCGCUAUAGCGAGUCAAGCUAACGACUCAUGCGCUCUUGGGUUAAGCAACACGAACAAGUCUGAUGAAAUGUGAUGAAAUGAUGCAUCGACUUAACAUGUAUAGUAAUGUACAUAAUGCAAUUACACAUUAACGAAAGACUACUACGA